CCAAAUCCCAAAUCAACAGCUCUGGGAUUUGGGGCGGUGCCAAUGCUGCGCCACUGGUAUUGUAUAUAACUACUGUAAAACCUCCAUCAUCACUAACCAACAUACAACCACAUCUUCCUCCAACAUGGGUAUCUUUUCAUCAUUAUCAAAAUCGUCCAAGUCCGACGGUGACAUGCACCCUCCGCCAGACUACUCCAACAACUUCACUCCAACAAACCACCUCCAAAUCCAGGCCAUCGGAUAUGACGUGAACCAGGCGCUUACCAGCCGGACGCUAGAGAACAUCUUUGUCUUCCGGCCUAAAUCCAGCGAGGCCGAGUACGCCUCUAUGCGUCUCCAGAAGAACUCCAACUCGUGCGCCCUCGUCCGGGCCUCUGAUCCCCACGCCACUCUCAUCUCCACCAUCUACCGCUUCGGCCUGGGGAGACACCCCCGGAUGCGCAUCCUCCCCCCCAACUCCGUCGUCUCUGUCGAGGAGGCCAUCGAAAACGACAAUGUGCGCGGGGAGCUGGUCGAAGUGAAGAGUCGCUCGAUGGCCUCGCGCGGGCAGGUCUUUGACACAUCGCUCGGGAAGUUCGAGUGGCGCUACGGAACCAGAGAGGAGCAAGCAGCUUGCAACGCCGAUUCGCUCCUUGUAAUGGAGCGGAUCGAGGGGAAGAGCAAGAGCGGCUCACGCAUCGCGCAGCUCAUUCGCAACAACGAGUUCCGCACCCCCGGCACGAGGCAGUACUCGGGCGGCAAUGGGGGCCGCUUGAUGAUGGAUCUGCGCAUGUGGAACGACGACAGCCCCGAGCGUGUAGAGGCGUUUGUUGUUGCGAGUUGUAUCUUGAUGCUAAAGAGAGAGGCGGAUCGUUUCAUCGAUAACCACAUCGCUGCAGUGGUGUAAAGAGACGAUGUGACAGCGUUGGCGCACAGUGAUCUUGAGAAGCACCGCGAGUAUGCGCGGUUGAUGCCUUGGCUUAUGUUAGCAUGAGAAUCAUGAUUUGUCUUUUUUGCCUUGUAAGAAUAGCUACGAUUGUUAGAAUAGCAGGGGUGAGCGACGGAGUAGAACAUUAGGG